ACAAAUCCCCGACGUCUUGAAAUGACAGGUCAAACUAUCUAACUAGCACCUUCCGCCUGGGAUCUGUGGGUUUAUCGAAAGCGUUUGAAAAUAACGUUGAAGUUAAUAUUUAUCAUUGCAUUCGGUGUCAUCUUUGCUGAAUUUGAAUUGUUGCUCGCCGAGACAUUUACUAAUACCAGUUAGCUUGUAGCCUAGCUAGCUUGGCAGUACAAAAAGUAACUCUUUCUGUAACAAAGUAGCCUAAUAAACGUGAAUAUUUGAAUAAUGUCUGGACCGAAUGGAGAUCCAAAUAUCUCUAUCGACGAUGGUAUUAUAAACGACGAGGAUGAAUUCGGCGAUGAAGAGUACGUUGCCAUCAACUCUAUGCUAGAUCAGAUCAACUCUUAUCUUGAUGACCUGGAGGAGCGCAAUGAUGCACUCAAUGGCAAACUGCAUGAACUAAUGGAGUCCAAUCGGCAAGCCAGGCUGGAGUUCAGGGCCCAGCUGCUCGGCUCCCAAACCCAGGAGGAGCAGCAUUCUGCAGAUGGGGACUCCUCAUCUAGCAAGAAGGACCUGAACGAGGACAGUGGAGGCUCGCAAAUGAGUGACAAAAGCGGGUAGACGAAGGGGACUGAGUUCAGCAAAAUGCAAGGAUAGAAAAUAUUUAUGAAAGUUGACUCAACUUCUGACCUCCAUUUUUUGGACUAGUGACCCCUGAUCUGCAUAGUCCAUGCCUGCCUGAUUCUUCUGUGAAUUUACACCCUCAUCAGCAGACGUGUAUACAAUUGUGAUAUUUUGCAUCUCCUCUAUCACUGAACUCAAUGCAAUUUUCCUGUUGUUGGACUGUGGUGUGCUGAUGUUCUUCAGCUUCUCAUACAAGUCGGACAUCACAGUUAGUUUGCACUCUGUUGCAGACUUAACUGAAUUUUAAGUCAGAUGUGUAGCUGUGUAAAAAGCUGCGUCCUUUUGUGCAGAGCUUUGUUCAGGUUCAUGUGAAAUAUCAUUAAGACAAUUACUAAAGCUGGAAACAUAUCAGUUUUUUUAAGUUAAUAAAAAAGGUGUGGAAUCAGUGCUCAAACUACAGGAUCGUGCUCAGAUUCCUGACUUAAAACCAUAUGUACAACCGUAGGUUGUAUAGAUCAGUAUGAACCUUCCACAUGCUUAUAAGUCGGUCCUCAUGACGAGUUAGUAGUGUGUCUGGCUUUAGAGAGAGCAUCAACAUCAGCUUUGUCUUAGCUGUAUGAUCUCUUAUUACUGUAUGUAUUAUCACACAAAAUAAAUAUGCAACAUUCCAGAGGUCUACCUGUAUUUAUAUUUGAUCUUCAGCAUGUCUGUAAAUCUUCACUGUACUGUCCUGUUCAUUUUCAUUAGUCUGUCUGAAAUAAGUGUUUGUAUUAUGUGUAAGUGCUAGGCAAAAAAGUUUGAAAAAAUUUAGUCAGCAAAGUGUGGGAAUUGUUUUAAUAUAAAUUAAAAUGACCCCCGAACAGAAAACAUCCAAAAAUACAAUAAACUUCCAGCAAUUAGAAAACAACACCUGUUUGUUCAUCUCAGUUUGUCAGUAGCUGAAUAAAAAUACAGUAAGAAACAUA